GAGACUAUGACGAUAUCAUGAUUUUUGAGGCUUCUCAUUCUAGUGAUUAUUGACCGCCACCGAUUAAUCAAACCUGCAUGAACAGAAUCUCCGCCCAGCCUCGCAGUCUUCGGAGACUAGCUCUCUCGGCACGAAGCGAGAACUUUUGCAGAACCUAAAAAUGCAUGGCAGGCAUGGGUCGAAAGGAGGGGACGGAGUAGCAGCAUGCAAAUUUUCCCAAUAGGGGCGAAACGCCUCCUCGAGGCAUGACUCGAGCGGUACGAUGGGCGGGAGCAGGGUGCAGCGACUCUGGGGAACCUCGUCCCAACUCUUAAGGAAGCCAUGUGCCCCAGAGCGCUGGAACCGAUCAGGCCACUGGGACACGGCAAGAGGUCAGUACUGUAGCUGACGCUGCCUCACUAUCUUUAGCUGUUGGCUCUUGAAUCUUGCCAUGGCGACAACAAGUACCUACCCGGAGGGAACGCAGUUCUGGCAAACUGCCGACUACAAAGGCAAUCUCCUCAGAGACUUGAAUGCGUCUUUGAUAGCCAUCUCGACCGUUAUCCUCUGGACCCGAUUGUAUGUGAGAUUGGUCAUGACUAAGAACCCUGGGCUGGAUGAUAUUUUCGCGGCCGUAGCUUGGGCCGUCAUCUGUUCGCAAUCUGCUCUAGAUAUCGCCGAGGUGAAGAACGGUAGCGGAGCUCAUUUGGAACUUAUUCCAAUGCCCGCAGUAAUCAAAUUCUUCGAGCUGUUGGUUACGCAAAAUCUCAUAUAUUUUUGGGCCGUUGGGUUGAUGCGGUUGGCGGUUGUGGCAUUCCUCCCUCGUCUAGGCAAAGAGAAGCUUUACCUUUACCUUGUUUACGCCACCGCCGCCAUCAUUAUCAUCCAAACAAACUUCGCGUUUUGGUACAAACUGUGCGAAUGUCGACCUAUCAAAGAUCUAUGGAAGCCACCUUUCGAAACAGAGGGCCUCAAUUGUGUCUCCGCUAAAGCCAACGAUAACAUGAUGGUAUCGCACGCCGUCAUUGGCAUAAUCAUGGAUGUGGUACUGAUGGUUCUCCCAAUCUGGAUGAUCUGGAAGAAUAUGAUGUUCACAAAGAAAGCGAUCCAAGUUAUUCUGAUCUUCAGCGUCGGCGUAUUUGUGAUCAUUACUGGAAUAGUACGUUUGUGGUAUAUCAAGACACUAGUCUUUGCCAUCGAUCCAACCUAUAAGAUGGCCACCAUCGGUGUGUGGACCGACUUAGAAGGUCAUGUCGGCCUCUGGGUUGGUUGCUUUCCUGCAAUGCAGCCCAUCCUUCGCACGAUCUCCUACAAGCUCGGCCUUCGCAGUAAGCUACUCAGCUACGGCGCCACGCCAGCGAAGAACACCAAUGGCGUUACUACCUCGAACAAAGCAGUUCAACGAUCUACACAUGGAUACCUGCGCAGCGGAAAUGGCGUGGAUAGAGCAGGCACAGACACAGACGCAGAUAGUCAGAAGGCGAUUAUUGCAUCCGACUACAAUGUUGAGCUAGGUCAAAUCCGCAAGCAAACCGACUUGGAGGUCAAGGUUGAGGAAAGGGUUCCCGGGGGGGAGAAAGGGUCAAGGCUGGAAAGCUGGGCCGAUGUAUGAUUUCAACGAUAACAGGGUCCAUGCAAGAUGCACGAACGCGCGUUUUUUUUUCAUGCCGCGGGAAAAUGUGACAUACCUAGAAGCAAAUUAGCAAACCAUUGUUCUAAAUCAAAAUAAACAUGAAACUCGA